AUGACAUCUGAGCCUCCUAGCACUGGCCCUGAUACGCCAGCCUCCACGGAAUGGCCACUGCCGGAGGGUUCGUCCCUCUCACUCUGGCUGCAGUGCGUUCGAGCAAACCCGCUCCUCGACUACCGUUCCGUCGAAACGCUCCCGACCGAGGCCGAUGUUGUCAUCAUCGGUUCGGGGAUCAGUGGCGCGCUGGUGGCGUUCGAGCUCCUCAAGAGCGCCAAUCCGCCGAGUAGCAUUAUGAUGCUCGAGGCGCGUGAGCUGUGUUCCGGCGCCACGGGAAGGAACGCGGGGCAUUGCAAGCCCGACCAGUGGCGUGGCUUCCGCAAGUACAAGUCUGUGUUCGGUGAGCAGCAGGCCCUUAAGAUUCUCGCGAACGAGCAGGAGACUUGGGAGCGCCUCGUUGCAUUCAUCCGCGAGGAAAAGGUUGACUGCGAUCUGUGGGUCGGGGACACCCUCGACGUGGCUGUUACAACUGAGGUCGCUGAGGACAUGGCCAGCGUCUGGGAGUCGUAUAAGGCUGCUGGAGGGAAAGUCGACCACGUGAAAUAUGUCGCAGACAAGGAAGAGGCGGUCAAAAUAUCGCGCCUGAAGUCAGCUGUCUCACUUUGGGCAUGGAACGCAUCGACACUAUAUCCUUGGAAACUGGUUGCGUAUGUGAUCCAGAAGACCCUCGAUCUGGGCUUGCAUCUCCAGACGUGGACGCCUGCCACUUCGGUGACGGCAUCGAGGAAGUCAGGGCAAUGGGAGGUCAAGACAGAGCGUGGCACGAUCACGACGCCGAUGGUCGUACACGCAACCAACGCAUAUGCAUCCGCGCUGCUACCCGAGUUUAAAGGCAUCAUCAGGCCCACCCCACACAUGUGCGACAAAGUAGUUCCCCCGCGUUCCUUCUCCGGCUCGCAUGCGCUGCAGAAUUCGUACGGCGUCCUUUGCUCUGGCGGCUCACUAUAUUCGAUCAACCCGCGCACGACGUCCGACGGGAUUGUGCUCUUCGGUGGCAGUAACCCGAACCAGGGCGAGCUGUUCAAGUACGUCGAUGAGGAUCCCGAGCGCCGCAGCACGGACGACUCCCUCUCGAACUUCGCACCCGUCACACAGGCUGUGAUCGAGCUGACCCAGAAGGACUUCAUCGGCUGGGGAACGAAGACUGCGCCUGGCCAAGGGUAUGAGUACAGCUGGAGCGGUAUCAUUGGCAGAAGUGCUGACGGCGUACCGUACGUUGGUGCAGUUCCCGGAAAGCCCGGGCAGUGGAUAAUCGGCGGACACAACGGCCACGGAAUGGCGCGCAUAUUCACAGCGGCCCCGGGCCUUGUGAAGCUCAUACAGGGUGGCAUCUGGAGUGACACUGGGCUGCCCGAGUGCUUCGAGGUCACGGCAGAGCGCCUCGCUCGGCUCCACGCGCAGUCGAACUUCAACAUCCCAUUCGUAUAG